ACUCCCACUUCCGUCUUCUGCCGCGUUAGUGACACCAGUGUUAGGCUUUUCACCAAAGGAGUCUUGGCUCAACGCAGUCUAAGUCUAUUUUUAUGGUCGCAUUGAUGUUCCUUAGAAUGGAGCCGAGUCCAAAACUUCUAGCUGGACUUAUUCUGCUGACUCUCUGUGUGGUGGGCUGCUCCAGCCAGCACUGGUCCUAUGGGUUGCGCCCCGGAGGAAAGAGAAAUGCUGAAAACGUGCUUGAUUCUUUGCAAGAGAUAGCCAAAGAGGUUGAUCAACCAGCAGGACCUCAGCGCUUUGAGUGCACCGUACACCAGCGCCGUUCUCCACUCAGGGACCUGAAAGGAGCUCUGGAAAGUCUGAUCGAAGAGGAAACUAGGCAGAAGAUGUAAAUCCACUGGACCAGAAAAAUUGACAACACAAGUGUAAUUCUGACUUUGAAAUCUG